AUGUCUGCUGAGCAUGAGAACGGCAGUCCUUCGGUGCCAGCUCCAGACGCUGAAGCUGUUGAGCACCUCAACAUCAAGGUGACAGACAACAACAAUGAGGUUUUCUUCAAGAUCAAGAAAUCGACAAAACUGGAGAAGCUCAUGAAUGCAUUCUGCGACCGACAAGGAAAAGCAUUCAACACGGUUCGUUUUGUGUUUGAAGGACAACGAGUUCAACCCACAGAUACACCUUCAGCACUCGAAAUGGCCGAUGGCGACACGCUUGAGGUGUACCAAGAACAAGUUGGUGGUUGUUGA